UUAAGGUGGAGCGAGGAAAGCAACAGACAUCGUUCCACUGUUGGAAACAGAUAAAAGGUGUUUGGAUUGCGGCAACUGAAGUAUUUGAACAGGAAGUUUUGGAGAAGUAGAUUUUGUAUCGUGCGCAAUCUCUUAAGGACCAUGGAGAGCUCCAGGUUAUGGACAAGAGUUGUUGUUUGCGCGGUGCUACUGUCUUUCGUUCUUACUGCGGAAAUUGACGAUUCCAAUUCCGAAUUGGAUCUUGACACAAGAAGUGUGAGGGACUUCUACCCCAAAGAUCCGAACUUGACCAACGAAAAGCAACUGCUUGGAGCAUUACAUGACGUCCUAGAAAAACUACAAACCAAGAGGCUUCCAUUCUGGGAAAAGAAAUUCGGCCAAGUUCCUACGUGCGACGUUGGAGAGCAGUGCGCUGUGAGAAAGGGCGCGAGAAUCGGCAAAAUGUGCGAUUGCCCUCGCGGAGCGUUUUGUAACUUUUUUCUGCUUAAGUGUUUGUGAAAUUAUUAAACUUUUUCUGAAUGUAACAAUGGAGUUGUUGGCAAACGAUUUGAAAUACUGUUACAUCAGAAUUACAUCUGAUAUAGAAAUAUUUUUAUGCUACUACAAUAUAUGGUAAUUUGAAGAAUGACAGGGUGCAUUCUGAAAUAUUUAGAAAUUUAUUUUUUUUAUUUUCAACUGGAUGUUAAUGUUACCAAAUAUUACUAAAUAGUGAAUAAACAGUGUUGUAUAUUGUUUUGUAAAGCAGCCUGUGUGUUAUCUGUUUGUUCCGAGAUUUCCCGUGAUCCAUGCGUAAAGAUGAUUCGCGGUGUUGUGUGCAAUAAUAUUUAUUUCAUAUAAACUGAUGAAGAAAAAUAAGGUCGAUGUUAUGUGCUGGGCUAAAAAUAAAAUAUGUACACGGAUUCAUGAGAGCUCAGUCUUGUCAGAGUUGAGAAUGAAAUAGCUUACCUUAGGCGAAAUAGAAAUACAUGGUCUGGCAUAUAUUUGUUUUAGCACACAUUGUUCUCUGUAUCAGAACGUAGGCUGGCCCUCUUGAAGUCACAUUGAACUAUGCAUUUCAUUAUUUUUGCUUUGAAAGCACUCCUGAAAAAAAAUACCACUAUAACUUACUUCUCUGCUGACAUAGAGAAGUACAAACUAUCAUACAUGGACUAGUUCCCUAAAAACAAAAUUUUAUUUGUUUAGAGUUUUUGACAUAAAGAUUAAUAAAGGCUAAAUAAAUACAAUAAUUUGAUUUAGAGAAAUUGUAAUAGUUUUCAAGUUGAGUGUAAAACAAAUAAAGGAAUAAGAAUGUUUUUAUAUAACUUAUCGUAACAUUUGUCAUGUUUUUCUAUAGGAUCAUUGGUUUCCCUCUAGGCUUUUUUUUGCAUUUGUCUUUUCUCUUUCUUAUAUGUCUCUUCUCCCUCAUAAUUAUGAGGCAAACUACUCUUUUAGAGGAAAUUAAUUCCACCCCUGUUAUAAUUCUCUAAAUUAACACAAAACAUAAUAUACCAGAACUAGGAGUUUGAAGAUGGUUUGAGGAUUUAAAAUCAGAAGUGGUUAACAAAACAAGAAAAUAGAUAUUAGAUGAACUUGCUCUGGUCUUUAGGUGCACUUAGUUGUUCUAAGGAAAACAUGAGACACCAAUUGUUUUUGAGGUUAAAUCCAGAUGUUGUUCAUAAUGUUGUUGAUAGGCUCUGGGCAAACGUAAUGCACCAUUUAGGAAAUAGGGUACCAUGUAGGACUACGUAUUGAAGGCCAGGAGAAUGUGUUGUAAAGCAAAAUGGCAUGUGUUGACAACAAUGCAAGACAGUGCACUAUUGUGUACAGUCCCAGUAACAAUAUCACAAAAGUGCAUAUUUCUCCAACUUCAUGUACAUCCAUCUGCAGUCAAUCUGUCUAUUACAUAUCUUCUGAAAUGUUACCACUGUUGUGACAGAAGUUGAUCUCCCCCUCCAUCCCUCCAUCAUCCCACUUUUCCCAAUAUCUUCUUUGCUAUCGCUUCCCUGUCAGGCCAAUGUCUCAUUAAUGUUGUAUGUGUUUUGUUCUGUGAAACUCUGGUGGGUUAAAAAUAAACUUUGUCUCACAAAGGGCA